CGGGCAUCGGAAAGCCAGGGCCUCUCCCCCCCCCUCCACCACCAUCCCAUCCCUCAGCGAGCAAAUGUCAGCGCGGCUCCGAGACGCGCCUGCCGCAGUGUUAACCCGCCACCUUGAAGCCUAUGACCGCCUCUGUUUACGCUGACCUCGAUUCGGUGGAGUCGCUCCUUGAUGAGUUGCCCUAUAUGUUUUACGUGGGAUUGUUUUUUGUGAACGUGCUAAUCCUCUACUAUGCCUUCCUGAUGGAGUACAUCCUCCUCAACGUGGGAAUUGUCUUUCUUCCCGACGACUUCGACCAGGCUUUAGUUGACCUCGGGGUCUUGUCGGAUCCGGCAUCGAUUGCCUAUGACACAGACGCCGAACUGGAUGUCUUCGAUGGCUACUUUGACUAAAAUCAAUAAUAAAACCCCGCACACAUACUCACUUCAUGAUAUCAAUAUUUUUUGCUCAGCACAGAAAUGGACAACUGCUAUGCACCAGAUCCGAAUAACAAACUGGGUUUGCAAGCAAAGAUCUGGGUUGGUGAAGUACAGCAUCAUUAUCUGCCAACCGUUUCUGUGGCUGUUGUGGUCUGGUUGUCCUUGCUAAAAUGUGCCAAGAUUGCAAGUAAUAAUAAUAUGGAUUACGAAAUAUUCCAGAGCAUUUGUCUGUUUAUAAUGAUGGUCACCAUUGCAAAACAGAACUGCAUCUCCAGGAUUAAUUAAACAGAAGGUAUUUGUUCAAGGUAUCUGUCGAGCCACUAACCCCGAAAAAUCAAAUGCAAUGGAUCGCAAAUUGUUCAAAUUUGUGAUCUUCACAGUUACUUUUGAAAAAUCUACAUCAAGUAUUUUCUUUAUUUAAUAUACCGGAAUUGUGAAUCUUAUUUAUUUGCGGUUGUAUCGGCACUAAUAUAUUCGUUCUUCUAAUAAGAUGUAAGUCUAAUGGAGUAAACCUAAAUGCAUUAAUGUAUUUGUAGAGUGGGUAGGAAAUGAUAGAAUCUUUUUAAUUUUAUCUGAAAAAUUCAAUGCGUUUCAGAAAAGUUCACCCUGUAAGGGGACAAUGGUAUUUUCACGAAAGGAACCGGAUUAAAAAAAAGAAACGUUUUUUUGUUGCCUUUCUCGGACAAGUCCCAUGGGUUUUUGCCUUGUAUCUGACUAUUUCAACUUAUCCUGGUUUCUUCCGAAUCGUGAGCGAUGAAUGUGGUGCUGAAUAUGUUUUCCCUGGGAACCGGAGUCAAUCUGCAAGUGGGUGGGACUAAACAUCUGCAAUUCACCCCGCCUAUACCACGUUUUAAAGCAAACCCGAAUGAUGAUGGCAAGCAGCAUGCUGUACUUUUCGACUAAAUUGUAGAAUAACCGAUUUUGGAUGGCAGCAACUCAAUGAUGUGCAGGACUACUUGUCACUCUUUUUGAAGAUGGUUAAAACAAAAUGGUUCUUCAUAUCAGUAUUUUUUCAGAAUUAACCAGCAGGAUAUAAAUUGUUGAUAAGGUAUUUUUGGACAGUAUAACCACAAUCGAGUAGCAUAAGAUCUGUUCUAUUAGGCUCAAUUCUCAGACUUGUGCUGCCAUACUUUUUUUAAGGAAGUCAUCUUAUUAUUAAUAAUGAAAAGUGAAGUUUCAAUUGUCUCUCUGGAAAUAAAAAUUAUUAAAUGGAAUAAUGAGAUGUUCCUCCCCUACAUUUUUUAGAAUUCCAACUUCACUCUGCUCUGUACCUGUAAUCUCAUCAAACUAUAACUCUACGAUAUAUGUACUCAUAUCCUGACCUACUUAUUCUCUAAUUUAAUAGCUCCAUUAUUGGCAAUCUUGAUUUGGCUGCCAAGGCUGACGGUGUAGAAUUUCUUCGCUCAAGCUCUCCACCCCUGAUGGACAACACAGCAAAACAACUCCGCCCAGCCAGUGCUUGCCAGAGACUUAUAACUUACUGACCAGUCUCAACACAUUUCAUGGUUGUUUCAAGCAAAUUACUAUUUGUAGAUAGAAGAAAUGAUACUCGGAGAUGUUCCGCCUCAGGAGAAUCACUUUGAAUCACACAUAGAAGAAACAUCCCAAAGGGGCUGUAGAUGCUGUAUGGAUUAGAUAACCAUCAACUAUACAAUGCAAGAGUUCUGUACUGGAUAUCCAUUUCGUGUGCAAGGAACCAUAAUACUACUUUUUGCACCUCUGUAUCAAAACACUGGAUGAACUAAGUUAUCAUGCAUUCACUCCAUGCAGCUUUUAACAAAUCCCAUAUAUGGGUUGAAUGUUUUUGAGCUGAGCAAGGAUUUACAUUAUUCAUGUUUCAGCAUAUAUUUCUUGAGGUUGGAACUUACAGUUGGUUCAUUAACUGUUCAUUUUGAAGUAUUAAUAACUGAUCUUGCUACAUUAGUAUAAUUUAAAGAAUUAAAACUUUUUGUUGCCGCUGUUCUUGUGAAUAAUGUAUUGUUUCAUCAUGGAUCUGUUAUGUAUGAAAUAUAUCACAUGGCAUGUGUUUAAAUUAAGACUGAUAAUUUGCAGUACCUGUUACUCUUGUAGCUGGUGUAAUAAAUUUGUAUUUUCAGUGUUGUAGCUGUUAUACUCCACGGCCCAUGUAACAUAAUGUUAUUUUAUUUUGUAAGUAUUGCAUAAUCUGACCAAUGAAUUUUAAUAGGUCACAAGAUUUUUUUUCCUGAACUUUGAUUCCCACAGCAGCUGAAAUUUCUAUUGUACAAUAGGAUUUCUAUAGGAUUUAGCAAAAUAAAAACAAAUUUCAUAAUGUUCUAGAAGCAGUAGAUUAUAUAUUUUAAUGCUAAUUCUUAAUGUUAAUUCCUUUAUAUUUUAAUGCUAAUUCUUAAGGCCUGGCUUGUGGAUGAGAAGGGCGAUGGAGGUUGGUGUUUUGGAAGAAAAGAUUGGAGGUUCAGUUGAUUUGGGGAGGUGGAGCAGGACUCAGUUGGCUGGACCUGCAUGGUAAGGGAAUUAACAAGGUCCUGUGGUGGGGGGGAUCCAUGUGAAAUGGGAGGAAUUUGGAAUGCAAUAUAAGGCCUAUUUUCGGAUGGCCUGCUUCUCUCAUUCUUUGUGGACCAGGUGAGGCGGGAAUGUUUAACUUGUUCUGUAGCAGCACUCGCCUGCUUCCAUAUAAAUAGUUCCUGCCAUUCAUAAUUUGUACAGGUGCAACUGAAUUUUGAAAAGGUGGCAUCAAAAUAUACAUUGAAUGUUAUUUUAUACAAAUGCAUGUCUGCAUGUAAAAUUGAAUUGUUUACAUAGAAGACCCCCAAACAAAAUCUUUGAUGAACGUGAUUGCGUUUAUCACUCAAUUCCUAGUCUAUCCCAAACACCUCUAAAGUUGGCUCUGCACACCAUUCCUAUGUAAGUAAUGUUCAACCAAUGAGUAAAAUGUAAAUUCCCCAGGCUUUCUGGAAUGAUCCUAAAGCUCUGAAUAGUUUUUACAGAGUAAUGGAUGGCACACUAAAUCGAGCAAGAUCAGACUAUCAAUAAUUGUAAUGCUAAAGAUAUGCUUAAUUUUUGUGCAUUUUGGAUUGCAUCAAAGAUAAAAAUCCAAGCCAU